AUGUUGACCAAUAAGUUAAUCCGACCAUCAGUCUCCAUUCACCCCAUCAAUCGAUCCUCUGCCUCCUUCUCAACCUACCCCAUCAAUAGAUCCUCGGUCCUAUCCGCCAAGCUCAAGAAUCAUGAUCUGUUGAAACACCAGUCAUACAUCAAUGGGCAAUGGGUUGGUUCGAGUACCUCCCGCACCUUCGCUGUCAAAGAUCCAGCGACCGGUGAUGAAAUUGGGAAUUGUCCGGAUAUGAACUUGGUCGAUCUAAAACUUGCAAUCGAUGCAGCCAAGAAAUCAUUCUCGAGCUAUCGAUACAGCACACCGGCUUCUCGCCAAUCAUAUCUCCGAAGGUUCAACCAACUGAUCCUAUCGAAUGCGGAGGAUCUAGCGAGACUGAUCGUGGCUGAGAACGGUAAAUGUUGGAAAGAUGCGAUGGGCGAGGUGAACUAUGCGGCGAGCUUUGUGGACUGGUUCGCCGAGGAGGCUCUCAGGACCGAUGGGACUAUCGUCCCUAGCUCAACCCCAGGUAUCAGACAUCUCGUCAUCAAACAACCCAUCGGUGUUGUUGCUGCUCUAUGCCCUUGGAACUUCCCAGCAGCGAUGAUCACUCGGAAGGUUGCACCUGCUCUUGCCGCAGGUUGCUCAGUUAUCAUUAAAGCGCCAGCAGAAACUCCAUUAACUGCCCUAGCUCUGGCCGAACUAGCGCACCAAGCCGAGUUUCCCGCUGGGGUCUUCAACAUCGUCACCACUCAGUCCGCAACACCUGAGAUCGGCAAAGCACUCUGCGAGAGUGAGGAGAUCCGGAAGCUGUCCUUCACAGGCUCCACAGGGGUCGGCAAGCUUCUCAUGAGUCAAUCAUCAUCAACUCUGAAGAAGUUGUCGUUGGAACUCGGCGGGAAUGCGCCGUUCAUAGUGUUUGAGGAUGCUGAUGUUGAUAGGGCUGUAGAAGGGGCCAUAGCUUGUAAAUUUAGAUGCGCUGGUCAGGCAUGUGUCUCUGCAAAUCGAUUCUAUGUACACAAGUCAAUCUAUGCAGAAUUCGCCUCUAAGCUAACGAGGAAGGUCUCCGAAUUGAAGAUCGGUUCAGGAUUUGAAGAGGGGGUGUUGAUAGGUCCAUUGAUAGACGAGAGGAGCUUGGAAAAAGUUUCGAGACAUGUUCGUUUGGCGAAGGAGGCAGGUGCCGAGGUAUUGAUUGGUGGGAAGAAGGUAGACGGAGUGGGUCACUUCUUCGAGCCUACGGUUCUCAGUGAGGUACCAAGUGGAGUGAUUGAUGAUGAAGAAACCUUUGGUCCGGUGGCAGCCUUGUAUAAAUUUGAAAGCGAAUCAGAUGUGAUUCUUCAGGCAAAUAAGUCUGAAGUCGGUCUGGCGGGGUACUUUUACUCAAGGGAUAUCGGUAGAAUCUGGCGAGUCGCUGAGGCUCUAGAGGUUGGAAUGGUUGGGGCUAACACGGGAAUGGUUUCGAAUGCAGUUACCCCAUUUGGAGGUAUCAAGCAUUCUGGUUUUGGUAGAGAAGGAAGCAAGUUUGGGAUUGAAGAGUUUCAAAUCGUCAAGUAUAUAGCUAUGGGUGGAUUGUAA